ACACACACACACACACUCUCUCACACACACACUCUCGCAGCCAGAGAGAGAGAGAGAGAGAGAGAGAGAGAGAGAGAGAGACGCACCUCGGGUUACAGGAGCACAGAGGGUACAGAGCGCUCGCACUGUUACAACCUGGAACUUCUCUGAUCGCCGAAGACAGAAAAAGAAGCUGAAAUCGAGAGAAAGAUAAAAAUGAGCAGUCAGUUCGACGACGAUGCGCGCGACAGAAGUGAGUGUAAAAGCAAAUCUCCGACCGUCUUGUCCUCCUACUGCAUCGAGAGCAUUUUGGGCCGGAGGAGCCCCUGCAAAGUCCGACUGGUGGGCGCGCAAAGUUUAACCGCGCGGCCGGAGCACGAGCAACCUUCAGAAGUUUCUAGUAAAGACCUCACCUUUGACUCGGACAUGCAUCUUCCGCCCAAACUGCGGCGGCUUUACGGCCCCGGGGGCAAAUACCUGGACACGAGCAGAGUGUUUCAGGAGCACGGGGAGAAAGGUGAUCCCGGCUGCGAGGGCAUGAAGAUCAGCCAGGCGCCGCAGGUGAGCAUCAGCCGGAGCAAGUCGUACCGGGAGAACGCGCCGUUCAGCGGGCUGGAGGAGGCGCGCAGCAGCCCGGAGCUGGCCGAGCUCGGGGCGCUCAAGUUCGAGGAGGACGCGGUGAAGGAGGAAGAAGAGGAAGAAGAGGAGGAGACGUGCGGAGCCGAGCACGGCCUAUCGCCCAAGGACGAGCCGAGCCCGCGUAACGACACAGACGUGAAGGACGGCGAGGACAGCGUGUGCCUGUCUGCGGGCAGCGACUCGGAGGAAGGCAUGCUGAAGCGGAAGCAGAGGAGAUACAGAACCACGUUUACCAGCUACCAGCUGGAGGAGCUGGAAAGGGCUUUCCAAAAGACCCACUAUCCAGAUGUGUUCACCAGAGAGGAGCUCGCGAUGCGUCUGGACCUCACCGAGGCGCGUGUUCAGGUCUGGUUCCAGAACCGUAGAGCAAAAUGGAGAAAGAGAGAGAAAGCAGGAGUUCAGUCUCAUCCUCCAGGUCUGCCAUUCCCUGGUCCGCUGGCUGCAGCUCACCCCUUGAGUCACUAUCUAGAGGGAGGCCCGUUCCCUCCUCACCCACACCCGGCUCUGGAGUCGGCUUGGACCGCCGCCGCAGCAGCCGCCGCCGCUUUCCCAGGACUGGCGCCACCACAUAAUAGCUCUGCACUUCCUCCGGCCACGCCCCUCGGCUUAGGCACCUUCCUGGGCACAGCCAUGUUUCGCCAUCCAGCCUUCAUAGGACCCACUUUUGGCAGACUUUUCUCCAGCAUGGGUCCCCUGACCAGCGCUUCCACGGCCGCCGCUCUCCUGCGCCAGGCCACGCCGCCGGUGGAGAGUCCGGUGCAGCCACCCGCCGGACUGUCUGACCCGCCCACCGCCUCGUCCUCUUCCUCGACCUCCACAGCUGCCGACCGCCGAGCAUCGAGCAUCGCCGCGCUACGUCUUAAAGCAAAAGAACACUCGGCCCAGAUCACUCAGCUGAACAUUCUGCCCACCAGCGCUACGGGGAAGGAAGUCUGCUGAAGCUGUCGCUCUGAAAAACAAACCACUUACUGAAAAAAAUAAUAAUAAAGCAUGACCAAAUCCACAGUGCAACAGCACACACACACACACACACACACACACACACACACACACACACACACCACACACAAGCUGUCGGAGCCCUGGAGGCGUGAUGCACUGUUACAGCACCCAUCGUAUUGGACAUCCUCCUUCAACGACCCGAACCCCAGACUGCAAUGUAGCUACGCUGGCGAGCGACAGCCAGUCAAGCUGUACUUGAAAGUCACUCAAUUUGUUUAUUUUUUUCUUUUGGGUCAGGGAUAUGAUGAGAGCACUCACACACAAAAUAGAAACAUCUUCUCCCCUGCAAGAAACAUCAGCUCCAGUGUGGGGCCAGAGGAGGGGGUCAAUAUGCCAAAGGGAACUUUGCACCAUCACCAAAUUCCACCAAAUCAACAUGAAAAAUAUAAAAAGAAAAAAAAACACCUCCCAUCCUCUCAGUGAAGAUUUCUCCUCCAUCUCAUGUGUUAUGAUCUUCUGGAUGAAAAUGAACCAAUAUCUUCAAAAGGACAGUGAUGGAGUUCAGACUGCAUAAUCAUUGAUCUGUUAAGAGUAGCCUAUUUGUACAUACAUAUACAUAUAUAAAUACACACACACACACACACUUAGCACUGUAAAGAUGAUAAAUUGAAUUUGGGGUAAGGGACUGAACCUUAAGCGUAAAAAAAGUUGUACAUUUGAAAACAUUGAAGUUGAAAUUCACUUGAUGUAGUAUUGUAUGAAUGUUUCCUAGUAGAGCUCGACUUAUGUUCAUUUCACAGAAUUUUAGCUUUGUAGAUGAUUAUUUAUGUCUAUCCUGUGGACUGUUCAGAUCCACAGCAGGACACACACUGCUGUUCCACCAGAGACUCAUGUGGGUUUGUUUGUUUUUUUGUUUUUUUUUGUGGAGGGGGGUGGGGGGUGCGGGGUGACCGACCCACGUGGAAUAAUAAUAAUAAUAAUAAUAAUAAUAAUAAUAAUAAAGUAUAAAUAAAUCUGAUGAAUUAAUCUGAUGGAACCCCCUAACUAUUAUUUGACCGUUAAUAUCAUUUUUUAUUAUUUCUAUUGUUUAAUUCAGUUAUACGAGAAGAAAAAAAAAAAAACAUCUGCACAAUGUACAGCAUGCAUUCAAAAAUAAAGUACAGAAGCAAUAUAA